CUGAGGGCUCGGCUCGAUCCGCGGGGAGCUGGAUGCUCCUGGGGCGAGUCCUCGAUGCGGGGAGGGCCGGAGAGCCCAUGGAAGUGUCGGAUCCCCCCGAGCCCUGAUGUCCGUAGGCCGGCUGCACUCUCCGUCUGUCCAAACUCUCGGGGUUCUGAGAACGAUGAAGGGGGAAGGAAAACGGACACCUUUUUGCGGCCCCUGGGAGUAAGACGGGAUCAGAAGGAACCUGUGAGGCCUUAGAGUAGCGAGAACGCUAGACUGGGACAGGAGAAAGCCCAGCCCUGAAUCACGAGGAACCUUCCCUGUGGAUCUCACCAAAACACGACUUCAGGUCCAAGGCCAAAGCAUCGAUGCCCGCUUCCGAGAGAUCAAGUAUAGAGAAUUGCCCCAGCCUUGUUAAGACAAGCAUCUUAUGGCACCAUAAAGAUUGGUAUAUACCAGAGUUUGAAGCGGCUAUUUGUAGACCGUUUAGAAGGCCUGGGGCAGCCAGUGACCCGGUCUCCUUUGGAGAGUGCUGCGAUGAAACGUUACUGAUCAAUGUCAUCUGUGGGGUGGUGUCUGGGGUGAUCUCUUCUGCGCUGGCAAAUCCCACAGAUGUGCUGAAGAUCCGAAUGCAGGCUCAGGGCAGUCUGUUCCAGGGAGGAAUGAUUGGAAGCUUCAUAGACAUCUAUCAGCAGGAAGGCACACGGGGACUCUAUAGGGGUGUAGUCCCCACUGCUCAACGUGCUGCCAUCGUGGUGGGAGUUGAGCUGCCCGUCUACGACAUCACAAAGAAGCACUUAAUCCUUUCAGGACUCAUGGGGGACACUAUCCUUGCCCAUUUUAUUUCCAGCUUUACCUGUGGACUAGCUGGUGCCAUCGCGUCAAAUCCAGUGGAUGUGGUGCGGACCCGUAUGAUGAAUCAGCGGGCCAUUGUGGGGAGCGUGGAGCUCUACAGGGGUACACUGGAUGGGCUGAUAAAGACAUGGAAAAGCGAGGGCUUCUUUGCUCUGUACAAAGGAUUCUGGCCAAACUGGUUGAGGCUUGGCCCUUGGAAUAUCAUUUUCUUUAUCACCUACGAGCAACUGAAGAGGCUCCCUUUCUAGGGGCUGCUUCGGACUGGUGAUCCAUCCGCCUUUCCUGCUCACCUCCCCCUUUCCUGCAUCUUCAUGCCUUUUUGCCUACAUGGACUGAGGCCUGCCAUGCCCUCAGAGAGUCUUGGGAGCGUGGCUUGGAUGAGAAGGGGGAUACUGGGGCCAGAGAUACUCAGAGCCUGUUGCAUGUGCUUUUCCACAAGGGGAAGGGUGGAGUGUGAUGGGGAGAGCAUAUGGAUCUGAGUCUGUAUCUUCUGUGAAGAGCUGUGUGAGUUUGAGGUCCUUCCCAGUGCAGCUUAUUGCAAUGUGGGUUUCGCAGUAGGCUGUGCCUUCCCGCAAGGUGGGGUCUCAAGAAAGCUGCUGCAUUCCUUCCAUUGUCAUGUGAUCUUAUUAAACUAUUUAUUGGA